AUGAUGUCCCUGCUGACUGGAGAGGUUCCUGUGAGGUGUGAUGAUGUCACCGUCUAUUUCUCCAUGGAGGAGUGGGAGUAUUUAAAAGGACACAAGGAGCUUUACAGGGGCGUGAUGAUGGAGACCCACCAGCCGCGCGGCUCUCCGGUAACUGAAUCUGCCUCCGGCGACAUCUUCGUUAAUUCCGGGGAUUGUGGGAAUGAAGAGAAACGCGACCUUCUUCAAACAGACCCUCAGAAUGUGAAUAUAGAAAGUGCGACGACGAGAGAGUCUUUGGAAGAUAUUACAGGGCAGUCAGACCGCGACGCUCACACAUCACAAGAACCUGCGCGGCGGACUCCUGCUCAUACAUCGCCGACCCCCGUCACUCGGGAAGAUCCGGCAGAUGCUCUGACAGAACCCGCGCCCGCGGACUGCACGCCGUCUUGUAUUAAAGAGGAAGCGGCUUCCUGCGAUGACUGUGACGACACGGACGGGGAGGCUGAUUAUAUAGCAGUUCGUAUCUCAGAGGAACCAGACCCAGAGGAGACACAGAGACAAUGUGACAUGAAGAAGAAACCGUUCUCCUGUCCCGAAUGUGGGAAGUGCUUUACCGCGCGCUCAGCUCUUGCCCAUCAUCGGAAGAUUCACACGGGCAAAAAGCCAUUUUCAUGCCCCCUAUGCGGGAAAACUUUUACCUGUAAGUUUGUCCUCAUUACCCACCAGCGGAUUCACACGGGAGAGAAGCCCUUCGCGUGUUCAGAAUGCGGGAAGUGCUUCAACCAGAGCUCACACCUCAUUAUCCAUCAGCGAGUCCACACUGGUGAGAAGCCCUAUUCCUGCUCGGAGUGCGGGAAGAGCUUCUCCCACAGCUCGUCUCUCGUGAAGCAUCAGCGGAUCCACACGGGGGAGAAGCCGUAUUCCUGUUCUCAGUGCGGAAAAUGUUUCACCCAGAGAAAUGGUUUAAAUAAACACUAUAAGAUUCACAUCAGGGAGCUGUCACAGUUAUGA